CCACGCAAAUGAAUGAACAUGCAUAAAGUAGCAAGGGCAUACAUUAAAGAUGAAUGAAUAAGUAUUAAUAGGAAAUGUUGAUAUAGCAUUAUUUCACGUUUGUUUCUUUAACGUGAUCCUUUAAAUGGAAAUAGUGUUGGCGUGAUUUUGUUAGCUCUUGUUACGUACUUUAUAUAAUCGAAUAGUUUUCAAAAGGAUGUAUAUAAAAUAACAUAUAUUUAUAAAAACCUUUUGCUAUGAUACUCGUGAUUUGUAUCUAGUAAUUAGCAGUUGCAAUUGUCAAAGAUUUGGAAGAAGGAUAUGUCAUUGCUAGGUUACUGAUCAAUGAUGUCAAUAAAAACUCAGCAGUUAUGUUUUUGGCAUUCAUUAUGCAACCACAAAACAGAUUUAUUGGUUUGAAAUUUAGACAUGAAUGAUAAUCUAUAAACAUCACAAUGGGGGGAAGCAUAUUUGAAAUAAUUCCAAUGUACCAUCAAAAUGGAAGUACAAGAGAAAUUUGUCACUGGAUAACACAUAUCAAGUUAUCUAGAAUCAUAAUGUUAACAUCUGCUCUUUUAUUCAUUGUGCCAUUAUUUACGCAUUAUUAUUUAUCAAAGGUGGAAUCUGCAUCUCCAGAUAAAGAUAUUUAUCGUACAUUUUCCACAUUAGAAGCUUUUGAGGAUUUUACUCCCAUGAAAGCUUCUCAACUGAAAAUGAGAAUAGAGGAAAUGCUACGCAUUAAAGUUUCUGUAAAUAAUGAGCUUAGGGAUUUGAGUGCAAAAAGACAAAGGCUUCAAAUUGAAGUUAGUAGUUUAACUCAGAAAAUUGAUGAACUUAAACAAGAAUUGUUACAUCAGCAAACAGAUCUUGAUCGAUUGAAAAUUAGUGUUGAGCAGGCACAAGUAGCUCAAAGAGAAGCAGUUGAAAGAAAUACUCCAGAAUUGGCACCACCUAAGCGUAUAUUAAUGAAUUCUGUUCCUGUAGUAUUACCAACUACUAUACCACAUUCAUGUAGAAUGUAUAAUUGUUUUGAUCACAGCCGUUGCGCAUUAACAAGCGGUUUUCCGGUAUAUUUAUAUGAUCCAGAUCAGUAUUCAGUAGUAAAUCCUAGCUGGGAUGUGGAUGGAUUUUUGAAAACUACUAUUAAACAAACUUUAGGAUACAAUCCACAUCUGACUGCUAAUGCUGCUGAAGCUUGUAUAUACAUAGUACUAAUAGGAGAAGCUCUUUCCACCCAACCUAAAGUUGAUAGAAAAUACAGGAAAGCUAUAGAUGUAAAGAAAUUACAUACACUUCCUUAUUGGGGUGGAGAUGGCAGAAAUCAUAUUUUAUUAAAUUUAGCACGUAGAGAUCUAUCUGUUGAAUCUGGAAAUAUUUUCAAUGAAGUUGAUACUGGAAGAGCCAUAAUAGUACAAUCAACAUUUUACAGAAAUCAAUUCCGUGAAGGUUUUGAUAUGGUUGUUCCUCCAAUUUUGGGACCUCCUGGCGGAGAUGUGUGGCAAGAAUGUGCACAAAUGUUACCUGCAAGAAGAAAGUAUCUGUUAUCUUUUCAAGGAGAGAUGAGAUCUCCAAGAGUUACUACUAUGACUCAUCAAACUGAUGAUGCAGAUAUAGAUCUAGAAAGAUUAGCAGUUGAUGAAAAUAAUUUAGAUACUUUUAUCAUUCAACAUCUUAAAGAUAUGAGUACUGGAUUAACUUUGGAUAAAUUUUUUAUUCAGUUUGAAUGUAUUCCGGCCUCGGAGGAAAAGAAUGUAGUGGAAAUUCUUGAUUGGUCUCUCUGCGGAACCGAUUCUUCAAGAAAAGCUAUAUUAAAGGAAUCUACAUUUGCUUUGAUUUUGGCACCUAGUAAUGCCUCAUUUGUAACCACUUCGUCUAUGCAAGCUCGGUUAUACGAAGCUUUGCGAUCAGGAUCCAUUCCAGUUUUUUUAGGCGGCGAUCAGAUUCUGUUGAGUUACGAUGAAGUUAUCAGUUGGCGCAGGGCAGCAAUCUUUUUACCGAAGGCCAGAGUAACUGAAAUGCACUUUUUACUACGUGCCGUUCCUGAUACCGAUCUGUUGAGUAUGCGAAGACAGGGCAGAUUAAUAUGGGAACGUUAUUUAAGCACUGCACAGGGUGCAGUAGAUACUAUUGUAGCUGUAAUUAGAGAUCGACUUGGUAUACCGCCCUUACCGGCACCUCAAACUGCCAGUCCAAGUAUUUUUAAUGAAAGCUUUGUGCCUUUAAAAUCUGAUACCAUUAUUGCCGAGCCAGAAGCUGAAGAGAGUUUGGGUCCUUUGGAACCACCUUAUCCGUCUCCUGCUUUCAAAAGAAAUUACACCACAAUGUUGCUUCAGGGACACGAAAUUUGGAACGAUUGGUUGGAUCCAUUUUAUUUGUAUCCACAAUUACCUUUUGAUACCGUUCUCCCUAGUGACGCAAAAUUUCUUGGAUCUGAGGUUGGAUUUAGACCAAUCGGGAAAGGUGCUGGAGGCGCGGGCAAAGAGUUUAGCGAAGCUUUGGGUGGGAAUUAUCCAAGAGAACAGUUUACGAUUGUAAUGUUAACGUAUGAACGAGAACAGGUUCUUAUAAACUCUUUGGCCCGACUUUAUGGAUUACCAUAUUUAAAUAAAGUUUUAGUAGUAUGGAACAGCCCAAAGCCACCAAUGGAAGAUUUGAAGUGGCCAGAUAUUGGAGUUCCAAUUCAUGUAAUCAAAGCUCCAAGGAAUAGUUUAAACAAUAGGUUUUUACCAUUUGAUGCUAUCGAAACGGAAGCUGUACUUUCUGUUGACGAUGAUGCUCAUUUAAGACACGACGAAAUUAUGUUUGGAUUUAGAGUAUGGAGGGAACAUCGAGAUCGUGUAGUCGGAUUUCCGGGUCGGUUUCACGCAUGGGACCAGAAUUAUCACAAUGCUUGGAAUUAUAAUUCUAAUUAUUCGUGCGAGUUAUCAAUGGUUUUAACUGGCGCUGCGUUCAUUCAUAAACAUUACACAUAUCUUUAUACACAUUGGCUACCGCAAGCGAUACGAGACAAGGUUGACGAAUACAUGAAUUGCGAAGACAUAGCUAUGAAUUUCUUGAUAUCUCAUUUAACAAGAAAACCACCUGUCAAGGUUACAUCACGUUGGACAUUUCGGUGUCCUGGCUGUCCAAUUUCUCUUUCAGAAGACGAUACCCAUUUUCAAGAAAGGCACAAAUGUAUUAAUUUCUUUGCUCAGGUUUUUGGAUACAUGCCACUUUUAAAUACACAGUAUCGGGCUGAUUCGAUAUUGUUUAAAACAAGAAUCCCACACGAUAAGCAGAAGUGUUUUAAAUUUAUAUAAAAAGAACAAAAUAGUAGGUAUACAUACACCCAGUAAACAUCACUUGAUAGAAUUUACACGGUUUUGAUAAGAUUUUGACUGAAUCGAUAAACGUUUCCUAUAAGGUGAUAUCAUUACGUGAAAUAAAUGUUAUAGAAUUUUUUUAUUGUCCUCUCUCUUUUUAUUGUACUUUCUUUUUCUAUCGAUGUACAUGUUGCUUGAAUGAAAUGCACAUUUGAAAAGAAGUUUAAUAAUAAAAAAAUGUUGAUGACUGUAUACAUAUAUAUCAUAAUGAAUAUAGGACACAAUGCAAACACCUUUUUAUGUCAAUGUACGCAUAACUUACAUCAUAUCGAUUUUACCAAUUUAUAGUGAAAGCAUAAUAAAUUUAUUUACAUAAUGGUUGUUACGGACGUAUAUGAUUUUUGUAAAACGACAGAAAUGGCUAAACUAUUAAAUAUGUAUACGAUACGCAUAUGUACAUAUUAAGAGUCUCGAACAAGGGGAUGAAAAUGUAUCGACUUCGAAUUAUUUAUGAAUUUGACCAAUACGAUCAUGGCUUUCCAAUGAUUAUUGUUGCACACGAUUUGCACAAUAAUCUCAGGUUGUAAAUAUACUGUUUCCCGCGAUAAUGUAAAUAUAAUAAUUAAGCAUAAUUAAUUAGAUUUUAAUACGUGUUAGGGCAGAGCUGGUGAACGGGUACAGCGUAUGCAACUCAAAAUUAAAAAACGAUGAUUUUUUUAAAUAUUGGAAAGUCAUUAAAGAUUAUUUAUAACAACGUGGAGUUAUUUCUCUGAAUGCUGCUUACUACUUAUUUUUAUCGAAUUUUUUAUUUUGUUAGGUCUAAAUUUUAUUCUAAUUAUAUAUCGCUUUAAUUAUUGUGUGUUACGCCAUUAUAAUGUGCCAAAUCUCUAGCGAUUAUGUACACUCUUAAUUUUCCAUUGCAUAAUACUCUUCAAAUGUUGUUUGUAAAUAUAUGUGUCGCACAUCGUUCGGUUUUGUGUUAUUUAAUGCAAAUGCGUGCAAUUAUUUAAACAGGUAGAAAAGUGUAAUUCGGCCGAGUAUUGUUGAAUGUAAAAAACAUUUUGUAAAUUAAGUUUUAUAUAUUGUGUCCUACACAACCGAUUGUAAGCUAAACCUGAGUUGAAUUCAGGCAUACCUACAAGAAAACAAAUAUAUAUUAUUUAUGAUUA